AUGGCAGCAACAUUGGACACCCAGCUCACACACCAUUUGCUCUCCACAACAGGAGUGAAGAUCGGUGGCGGAGAACUAAUGAUGUAUGUGAGCCGAAUGCUGAGAACCGCUACAUUCCAAAGGAGAACUCAGCGCUAUAGUGAAAUGGUAUACUCAACAUACAGCAUGUCGGCAGACAGCAAGAAGAAGACUUCUGAAUGGAACGAGGACAAGAAGCGUGACCCAACCACGCUAGCACUAAGCGUCCGGUCCCAACCGCUAAAGGAGAUCAGUAGAGCCGAGAAAAUGAUCCUCGAUGAAAAGGUGCAGAACACCGUGAACUUCUCGAAUACAUUUGAUAUUGCAAUGGAUAAGAUGGAGAAGAGAUUGCUCAGUGCCAUUGCCAAUAUGACUAAAAAACAAGAUCAGUCCCAGGCUGAAGCAAUGAGCCACAGUAAAAGACGACGUGGCAGUGAAGACGUGCAGGUUGAAGCUCCAGCAAAAUACCGUUAUAGUCCAACAGGCUCGAAGGCUACAUCAGGGCUUUAUGGCGUCAGUGAUGAUUCCCUUCAAACGAAUCGGGGAGUUCCAUGUUCUGAGACGGCGGCGGAAAAGGCAAUGUCCGAAGCGAAAAAGAAUCAGAACGUUCCUCAACGAACCAAAGUAGGCGUGCCACCACAAAGUAAGACAGCGGCAAUCAGCACUCUAUAUAUGACGACUUCGUCUGAAGUGUUACUGCAAAGUAAAGGAAGACGCAUUGAAGAAAGCACGACAUGGAUGCCCCAACCGCACAACUUGGAAUGCGCCCUUCAAGACAAAGACUAA